CUCUUUAGAACUCCAAAACAUUUAUGUUAACAAGAUAUUCGGGGCAGGUGUCCCUGAUACUAUACCAUGCACCAGACCAUCCUUCUUAUGAGUUGAAUGAACGAGAAUCGAAACUUUAACGAAAUGUGUCCAUGCAGCGAGGGAGUAAGCUUUGUCUCAAACCACCACUAGUAGCAUGUCACCACGGACAUCUCUAGCUCACCUUUCCGCGUACAAACGUCUUAUCCACACGUCCAGGCCGUCAUUUAAUUUCGUCGGCCCUCCAGAUCCAACUUCCAACCUCCGGCCCAUUAUAUACACCACUAGUACUACCAUCUCUUCGUCCUCCCCAUCCAAGUCUAAACAGCACCCAUACUCCCUCAGAGAAUUCUCAGACGAUACGGUAGACCACGAGCUACAGUGGACGCUCCAUCGAGAACAGCUCGAUGCAUUCAAUCACACAUACUGGGCAGAGAGUAACGAGCGCUUUGAGGCCGCCAAAUCCUCAGUCCUAGCUGCCCUCCCACCCAAUGCACCUGCUGAAGCCCAUGAGCACGCCUUGUCUGACUUUUACAAGAAGUGGGUGGUCCAGGAACGGGCGCGCCAGGACGAGUAUGCCGUAGAGCUCAGGAAACGGACAUUUGAGGAUCUCUCGCUCUCUGCUAAAGUCAAAUUCCAGAGGGCAAAAAAGAGGCUAGCGAGCUGGAGAUUUAUUUCAUUUGUAUAGAUCUUGCGACUGCAGAA